GCUGGAGAAGAGGGGCACAGAGCUCAAAGGGACACACAACUCGUCGUUCCAUGUUGACGAGUUAGCUAGCAAUUGUUAUCAAAAUUCCAACCUCCAUAUAAUAUCCGGUGUCUUUCGUCAACUCUAACCCGUUGAUUACAGUUCAGCUCGUCCGCAGCAAUGGCUCCCAAGGACAUGAAGAACCAGAAAUCUGCACACCCAUACUUGCUGCCCGACACCGUUGGCCCUUUCAAGCCCGCUGUUCAAGGCCACCUCAAGAAGAUCUACGAUUCCAUACAUCCGCAGUCCUCCAACUCCAGCACAGAGGAAUCAUCGGAUCAUUUCUUACGAGUCGUCCAGCAGGAUGAUAGCUCUGACCUGCAAAGCCCCGCGAAAGCUCCCGUGCUCACCACCCUGGACUCCUUCAUGGAAUACAUGUCCACCGCAACUGCAAUGCCGCCCGGAGCUAGAGAGGAUGAUCUCUCGCUGCCAAUGACGAAUUACUUCAUAAACUCGAGUCACAAUACGUACCUGACCGGAAAUCAGCUGUACAGUGAAGCCAGCACCGAUGUCUACAAGGAUGUCCUCUUGAAGGGGUGCAGAUGCCUCGAAAUUGACGUGUGGGAUGGUGAUCUCUCGUCCUCUAGCUCUUCUGAUUCAGAAGAUGUCGAGCACAAAAAGAAACAGAAGCAAAAGGACAAAAAUUUGACCAGAAUGGACAGUAAGAAACGUUUCAAUCUCAAUUCACUCUCAGAUCGCCUCGAUAGACUAAAGAAAGAUAAAACUGGAGACGCAAUGAGAGCUGCAACGACAUCUGCAACGGCUGUGGCUGCGGCUGUCCCGCUCCGCCCCGAACCUCGGGUCCUGCACGGAUAUACCCUCACCAAAGAGGUCACUUUUCGAGAUGUGUGCUAUGCCAUCAGAGAUACUGCAUUCGUUACGAGUGACUUGCCAGUCAUUGUGAGUUUGGAAGUCCAUGCUAGCCAUGAGCAACAGGAGACCAUGGUGGAGAUCAUGAUGGAAGCUUGGAAGGGAAUGCUCGUUGAUUUCACCCCUGAACUCGCGGCGGAGUUGGAAAAGAGUGACUACAAGCACUUACCUAGUCCUGACUCCCUUAGGAACAAGAUCUUAAUCAAAGUGAAAUGGGCCCCCGACCACGGGCCAGAAACAGAUGUAGCCUUUUCUGAGAUCUCUAGACCACCAAUUGCUGCCACAGAGGUCUCAAUUCUUCCAGAAGGUGAUGCGAAAUCCGCGGCAUCCCAGGCAGUGAAAAAGAAACCUGUAAAAAUCCUGCAUGCAUUGAGUCGCCUUGGGAUAUACACACGUGGCUACACUUUUAAUGGAUUCAGUCAGCCUGAGGCAACUAAACCUACUCACAUAUUUUCUCUUUCAGAAGCUACUUUGAAAGACGCUCACGAGAAUCAGCGUAAGGCUCUGUUUGACCACAACAAAAAUUUCAUGAUGCGCGUGUAUCCCUCAGGAAUGCGAGUUAAUUCUUCCAAUCUUGACCCUUCGUUCUCCUGGCGCCAGGGCGCUCAGAUUGCUGCCUUGAAUUGGCAGAAUUGUGAUAAGGGCAUGAUGCUUAACAAAGGGAUGUUCGCUCGCUCCAAGGGAUGGGUACUGAAGCCAGAAGAAUAUCGGGGAGCCGAACGGACAGAUAAACAAGAAUCGCCCGAGAGCGGUCGGGGAUUAAAGUCUCGUCAUACCGUACAUCUAUCAAUUCAAGUCUAUGCAGGUCAGAAUAUCCCGCUCCCGAAAGGAGACGAGCAUGACAGAAGCUUCCGCCCCUAUGUAUCCUGUCAACUGCACGCUGAGCGACCGAAAGACAGUAUACAUUCGAAAAGUGACGGCGAUGAGAGCGGCAGUGCAAAGUAUAAGCGUCGCACUACGACCUGCAGCAGCGCCGAUCCCGAUUUUGGCGGCCAGACGUUACAGUUUCCGAGCGCCCCUGGUGUAAUUGAACAGUUGACUUUCCUAAGGGUUAAAGUGAAGGACGAUGAGUUUGGCAGAGAUGAUCUAGCCGCUUGGGCUUGUUUGCGACUGGAUGACCUCCGGCAAGGUUUCCGCUUCAUCCGUUUGUUCGACACAAACGGCUCACCAACAUCAGGCGUUCUUUUAGUAAAAAUCUCGAAACAGAUUACUUGAAUAAGCAUGGAUGCCCAAAGAAAAGACCUACC